AAGCAGUGAUGCAGCGUAAUUACGGAGUCCAAUGGUAGAUGACAGCGUCGAUUCUUCCGUCACCGUUUGAAACGUCACAUUUUGCGGUUAUGUUUACAAUCCGAAAUGUGAAAUGCUACAACUGUAGGAGCGUCGUUCGCUAUUCAAGCUUUUAUGUAACUACGCAUGGUCAAGUGUGAUUGAUUAUUGGCGGUUAUGUGAAAACUAUACGUGACCUCACACACACUAUUGUUCGCCGGGACAAGUUUCAAUUGUCGUAACAUUGUUUCACGAACCUCUGUCGUGUGUCGUUUGUCUAUUUGUUGGUGCGAUUUUCUAAUUGAUUCGUCAUUGAUUUGCACGAUGUUGGAGGGCGUGAAACACGUGCUGUUGGUCCUUUCGGGAAAAGGCGGUGUCGGCAAAUCGACGAUCAGCACUCAGCUGGCCCUCGCAUUAAAGGAGUCUGGCUUUCGAGUAGGAAUCUUGGAUGUUGAUCUUUGUGGACCUAGUGUACCUUACUUGCUGAAUUUGGAGGGAAGAGAUAUUCAUCAGUCUUCUGAAGGAUGGAUGCCAGUGUUUGCUGAUGCAGAGCAGAAGCUGUCUGUUAUGUCAAUUGGUUUCCUCUUGAAGAAUCAGGAUGACAGUAUAGUUUGGCGUGGUCCUAAGAAGACUGGUAUGAUCAAACAGUUCCUCACAGAUGUAGUGUGGCAGGAUAUUGAUUAUUUGAUCAUUGACACACCACCUGGGACUUCAGAUGAACAUAUUACAGUCAUGGAAAACCUAAGAAAUGUAAAGUGUGACGGUGCAAUUAUAGUGACCACUCCACAGGCAGUUGCGGUAGACGACGUCCUGCGAGAAGUGACGUUUUGCAGGAAGACUGGAAUUCACAUAAUCGGUAUUAUCGAGAACAUGAGUGGCUUCGUCUGCCCGUCGUGUACAGAAUGCACCAACAUAUUCUCUUCGGGCGGCGGAAUAGCUCUCUCAGACAUGGUAAAGGUUCCAUUUCUGGCGAAAAUGCCUAUAGACCCGCAAAUCGACAAGCAAGCAGAUAAAGGACAAAGCGUCCUGGUGACGCUACCUGACAGUCAAGUCGCGCAGGUAUUUAGAAAGUUGGUCGAGGAACUCACCAAAAGUAAAGAAGCUUGAAAACUUGCGUUAGCCGUUGAAUAUGUACGAGUUUAUCGAUGUGUAUUAUUUGCUUCUCGUGAAGCCACCGUUAGUUUUUCAAACAAAUAUAUUUACUGGUCACUGUGUAUAUUAGGAAA